GAAACUGCAAGACUUCAAGUUAAAGGACAAGGUGACCUCCGCCAAGGCGACGGCGGUCGCACCUCGGCGAGAAUUUCAGAGAGAGCUUUUUCGCAUCUACGGUGGUGGAACCAGGGACGGGGCCAAGCACCUGGAGAAGGAGGUGGCGGACUUGGAGGCGGAGCGUACCAAGCUCAAGCUCCGUGUGCGACAGCUCUCUGAAUUGGCGGCCGA